AUGGUGGAAGUGAACAGGGCUCCGGCUAAUUGCCUGCACCCCCCGGGGACGGGCGCUCGCACCCUGCUGUGGCUGCUGGCCUUCCUGGGCUCGCUGGCCCUCCUGGUCCAUGCCUAUGCCAAGUGUGUGGGCUUGUACUUCCAAAACCCCCACAACACCCAGCUGGAGGAGGAGACGACGCGCAACAAGACCUUCCCUGCUGUCACGCUCUGCAACAUCAACCCUGCCCGCUUCUGGCAGCUCUCUGGCCAUGACCUGUACUGGGCUGGGGAGNNGCUGGGUCUGUCCGGGGACAACCGCUCGCUGGUUCCCGAGAUGCUGGCCGUGCUGGGGGAGGACCGGCGCGCCUGGCUGACGCGUCUCGCCAACUACUCGCGCUUCUUGCCGCCCCGCCGCUCUGACCGCACCAUGCAGAGCUUCUUCCACCGCCUGGGCCACCAGAUUGAGGACAUGCUGGUGGAAUGCCGCUUUCAGGGAGAGCGCUGCGGCCCCCAGCACUUCGCCCCUGUCUACACACGCUAUGGUAAGUGCUACACCUUCAACGGGGACCGGAGGAACCCGCGAGUGACCCGCCAGGGCGGCAUGGGCAACGGGCUGGAGAUCAUGCUGGACAUCCAGCAGGAAGAAUACCUGCCCAUCUGGAGAGAGACCAAUGAGACAUCAUUUGAAGCUGGCAUCCGGGUCCAGAUCCACAGCCAGGAUGAGCCGCCCUACAUUCAUCAGCUGGGCUUCGGUGUCUCGCCCGGCUUCCAGACCUUCGUGUCCUGCCAGGAGCAGCGGGGACCACCCCAUCCCCUCCACGCGCUGGAUCAGCCCCUCUCCCACCCUCCUUACACCCCAGGCAAUGAGUCCAUCUGCUCGCCCAACGUGUACAUCGAGUGUGCUGACCACACGCUGGACGCGGCGGUGGAGGACAGCCAGGAGCGCUGCAGCUGCCCCACGCCAUGCAACCUGACGCGCUAUGGCAAGGAGAUCUCCAUGGUGCGCAUCCCCAACAAGGGCUCGGCGCGUUACCUCGCCCGCAAGUACAACAAGAACGAGACCUACAUCCGGGAGAACUUCCUGGUGCUGGACAUCUUCUUUGAGGCGCUCAACUACGAGGCCAUUGAGCAGAAGAAAGCCUAUGACCUUGCUGGGCUUCUUGGGGACAUUGGGGGACAGAUGGGCCUGUUCAUCGGCGCCAGCAUCCUUACGAUCCUGGAGAUCCUGGACUACGUCUACGAGGUAAUCCGGGACAGGGUGAGUCGGGUCCUGCGCCACUCCAAACCACCCCUGAAGAAGCCCUCGGGCAGCAUCGCCACGCUGGGACUGGAGGAGCUCAAGGACCAGAGCCCCUGCGAGACACUGGGCCGGCACGUGGAGGGUGCCUACAACGCGGGCAUCCUGCCCAACCACCACCACCGCCACACCUAC